AUGCAUCAUACAGUGGGCGGAGGUUCGGCAGGGUGUGUGGUGGCGGCGAGGUUGUCAGAAGUGGCGGGGUGGCGGGUACUGGUGGUGGAGGCAGGGACAUUGGAACUUGGGCGUGUGGUCGGGGGCACCGGGACCAUUAAUGGCCUGAUUUACGCUAGAGGCAACAAGCAUGACUUGGACCAGUGGGCGGCCCUGGGGAACCCCGGCUGGGACUACCUCUCCGUCCUUCCAUACUUCAUCAAGGCCGAGGACUAUCCCGGCUCACUCCCUCAUACGGGUCCACUGGCCAUCACCCCCGGGACGGUAGGGUCUCUCACCAGGUCCUUCCUACACGGGGGUCGAGAGCUGGGCUACCCCGUCCACGACAGCAACGGUCCUCAACACAUAGACAUACGUGAUGGUGUGAGGUGUUCAACGGCAGAGUGCUACCUGAAGCCAGCCUCCUCCAGACUCAACCUCCACAUCCUCCACAGCACCACCGUCCUCCAGGUGUUGACUGUGAGGGCGCGGCGAGAGGUCAUACUGUCUGCUGGGGCCGUCAACUCUCCCAAGAUCUUGAUGCUGUCAGGUGUGGGGGACAGGGAGCACCUCCGCCAGCAUAAGAUAAGGGUGGUGACGGACCUGCCUGGGGUGGGACAGAACCUACAGGACCACGUGAGUGUGUACGGACUCAGCUGGACGGUGAGGAAGGGUCUUACCAACUCUUUCAUUGAUGCCCUCAGCCCCCUGUCUCUCAGGCGGUACAUCACUGAGAGACAAGGGCCUUUGGCCACCUCGCCAGAGCUUGUCAGCGCCUGGGUCAAGUCAUCUGAAGAGGGUGACCCAGGCUGGAUGGACACACAACUGUUCCUCAUCUCGCAGACCUCGGCGGCCGACAAAGGCUUCGCGUAUGAGUCGUACUUUAAAGACAUCUACGGCCAGGAAGGUUUCACUCUCAGGCCGGGAGCAGUGCGGCCGAAGAGUCGAGGUUUCGUCGCUCUCGGCUCCAGCGACCCUCAACAGCCACCUGUGGACCCAAGACCUUGCCAGCCUAUGCCUGGGUGUGAAGGCAAGACUCCCUACAGCGACGCCUGCUGGGUUUGUUACGUACGUCACAUGGCUUCGACUGCCCGUCACCUAGCUGGCUCCUGUAAGAUGGCGCCACUGUCUGAUCCUCUGGGGGUAGUGGACCACCAGCUGAGGGUUCGCGGAGUGGCUGGGUUACGUGUGGUAGAUGCAUCCAUUAUGCCCACCAUCACUGCUAGCAACGCUCUGGCUCCCACCGUGAGAAGGCUACACAUCACAUCAAGCACCACUGGGAUUUAUUCAACUGAUUUUAUAAAAAGAAAACUGGAAUAUUCAAGAAACAUGGGCAUUGAUGCCCGAGUGGGCGUUGAUGCCCGAGUGGGCGUUGAUGCUUGUUUUUAG